CCAGCCGGGCCGCUGGAGAGGUUGAGGAAGGGACAUGGGUGCCCUGAAGGGGCAGGAUCAUCAGCCUCCUCCCCAAGAGGUUGAAACCAGGGAGGAUGAAGAGCAAAAUAUUAAACUAAGUGAAAUUUUAGAGUUGCUGGUGGCUGCUGGAUACUUCAGAGCAAGGAUUAAAGGGCUGUCCCCUUUUGACAAGGUAGUCGGUGGCAUGACUUGGUGUAUCACAACAUGCAGUUUUGACAUUGAUGUUGACUUACUGUUUCAGGAAAACUCAACCAUUGGUCAGAAAAUUGCUUUAACUGAGAAAAUUGUAUCAGUCUUGCCCAGAAUGAAGUGCCCUCAUCGCCUGGAGCCUCAUCAAAUACAAGGGUUGGAUUUUAUCCACAUAUUUCCUGUUGUGCAGUGGCUAGUGAAACGUGCUAUAGAAACCCGUGAAGAAAUGGGAGACUACAUUCGCUCAUAUUCCAUAUCUCAGUUUCAAAAGACUCACAGUCUACCAGAGGAUGAUGAAUUCAUUCAGAGAAAAGAAAAGGCUGUCAAAGCAGUUAGCGAAAUCACUGAGGUCUACAAGCCACAAAGGAAAUACCAGCGACGAGCAGGAGCAGAAAAGUUAAUAGAUGAAGACUCUAAAGUUCAUGCUACACUUUUGGAAUACGGCAGGAGAUAUGGGUUCAGCAGACAAGGAAAAACUGAGAAGGCUGAAGAGAAGAAAAUGGUGCUGCCGCCUGGGCUUGCAUCAGCAGGGAAAACUGAUGCCUAUACCGAAGAUGACCUUCAAGCUGCAGAAGAGCUUCGUAUUAAAACUUUGAUGACUGAGAUGGCUGCAAUGGGAACAGAAGAGGGCAGACUGACUGCAAGCACCGUAGGGCAGAUUGUUGGACUUCAGUCUGAUGAGAUCAAGCAGAUUGUCUCAGAGUAUGCUGAGAAGCAAUCAGAACUCUCUGCCGAAGAGCGUCCAGAAAGACUUGGGGCUGCCCAGCAGCACAGAAGGAAGGUGGCCUCUCUAAACAAGCAGAUCUUGCAGAAAACGAAGCAGCUGGAAGAAUUGCAAGCUAAGUGUGCUGACCUGGAAGCAGGAUGUAGUGAGGCCAAGAAGACACUAACUGAGGUUAAGAAUUACAGUGAAAAACUGGACAAGGAACUGUCCGCCUUGGAAAUAGUGGAAUCCCAAGCAGAUUCAAAUGUAUUGCAGAAGCUUCGGGCGCUGGUGGCCAUGAAUGAGAACUUAAAAAGUCAAGAACAAGAAUUCAGAGCACAUUGCAGGGAAGAGAUGGCACGCCUCCAGCAAAACAUUGAAGGUUUGAAAGCAGAAGCCUCUGAAAAUGAAGAGGAGAAGGAACCUGCAAAAAUCAUAGAUCAACAGUAUAAAACUGAGAGGGAAAGACUGCAAAAGAUCAGACUGCUUCUGGCCCGACGAAACAGAGAAAUAGCCAUUUUACAACGCAAGAUUGAUGAGGUUCCUAGCAGAGCUGAGUUAACACAGUACCAGAAGAGAUUUAUUGAACUUUACGGUCAGGUAUCAGCAACUCACAAGGAAACUAAACAGUUCUUUACUCUUUAUAACACAUUGGAUGAUAAGAAGGUAUAUCUGGAAAAAGAGGUUAAUUUGUUGAAUUCAGUUCAUGACAACUUCCAGCAAGCCAUGGCUUCUUCAGGUGCUCGAGACCAGUUUCUGCGGCAGAUGGAGCAGAUUGUAGAAGGAAUUAAGCAGAAUCGAAUGAAGAUGGAGAAGAAAAAGCAAGAGAACAAAAUGAGAAGGGACCAGUUAAAUGAUGAAUAUCUGGAGUUACUGGAGAAGCAGAGGCUUUACUUCAAAACCGUCAAGGAGUUUAAAGAGGAAUGCCGCAAAAAUGAAAUGCUUUUGUCCAAGUUGAAAGGCAAGAGUUCUUGAAUGACUUCAGAGAGCCGCUCCUUUGUGGAGCUGAAUUUAUAAAUUUUCCACGUUCAGUUUAAUCCACCCAUUGAUUAGGUCGGUUCAUUUUAAAGAUGUAAUGAAUCAGCACAAUAUUACUUUGAUUUCUUUUGUAUGUUUAUGUAAAUAUAUAUAUAAGACACAUAAAAAUUGUAUUCUUUCCUACUUUGAUUUAUCUUUGCACUAGUUGAUAUUUCAGGAAAAAUACACAUGCUGUAGAAAACAUGUAUCAUGUUUUAAACAACAAAGAAUAAAUCGAGAUGCAUUUAACAAAAGCCUCCAACUGAUUUCAUCAGCUUCUUAUCAUGAAGACAUUUUGAAGGGCUUUCUGCUCUGGUGAUGAGAUCAAAGAUCACUUUGUUGUAUGUAUACAAUAACCUUAGAUCAAUAUUAAUAAAAAAAUUA